AUGGUAGGCAACAAGCACAAGAACGGCAUAAUCUGCACAUUCCCAAAUUGCAACAAGUCUAUGCGUACGCAAAAGUUUAAGAUGCACUUCACACGGGCACACUUAAAGGAAGGUGAGGUCUAUUCGGUAGUACAUCGACAGCAAUUCGAAGUGGCAAGAGAGGAUAAUGCUCGCAGCACCAUGAAAUCUGAACUUUUAAGUGCGGUUGCUACAGUACAAGAGAAAAUUAAGAUGAUACCUCCAUUAAUAACAGUGGGGGACAGCUUGCGGGUCAAAAGUGAGAUCUCGGUCGCUCCAGCGCAAGAACCAAUCCAAACUGUACAAGCGAGGCGAGUGCUGACCCAACCAACUAGUUUAUCCCCUCAGACAUUAACUUCAGCCAUAUCCACCGAAAAUGGAUCCACUGAUACGACUGCAAUAUCCAAAAUUGUUGAGGUUAAAGCCGCGCAGAGUUCACCACCAUUCGAGCACACGAGCGGCAGUAAGCGGACGUAUGCCGCGUUAGAGGGAUAUUUCGGUGAUGCCGCUGAUCCAACUAGCGUACUUCUGAUGCAGCUAAUGACACUAAUAGACCAGCGAUUUCAGGAGCUAAUCGGCAAGAUGGACGAAAUGAUCGACGUUCAGAAGAAUUUAAUUGACACUCUGCAAAUCAGCAAUUUAAUCGGACGGCUGCCUUCAUCAACAUUAUCGCAAGAUGAGAAGGUUGCUGUGAAAAGACGCAAGAAAAAUUUGAGCCCUAACGGCUGCGACAGUAACAGUGAAAAUGGUAAUGUUAGUGAUUGCGAUAAUGUUGACGGUCCGGGAAUUAAUUUGUAA